AUGAACACUAGAGGGAAGUAUUGCAGGUUGAGUGUACAGCUGAUGUCAUCACUUCCGGUGUAGAAUAAGAGUAGCAUGUCCUCGUGUUGAAGAAGAAUCAAAACAUCACAGGAGUUGUAUUCCUGAGCAUGCGACAUACUGCAGAAGAGGGACAAGCAAUGCAAAGUACAUGCUGAAACCUGAAUAAAGAGUCCAAUUAAACCUAAGAAGAUGGGCAAAACCAAGGAAAAGAAGACCCGAAAGCAGAAAAGUGGUUAUCUUUUGGAAACUGCACCUGUCUGCGUUCUUACCUGUGAAAAUCUUCAAGAAGAUCAAUUGCAAACAAUUAAAGAUAAAGAAAAUCCCAUAACAGACAUUUCAGUGAGCAUGGAAAGUUUGCCAGAAAAGCCUAAAAAGAAGCAAAAGAGAAAACAUUUGUCUGAGCAACAAUCUGAGAAUGAGAAGAGUUCCACAGAGCCGCAUACUGAGGGUCACCAGGAAAACAGAAAGCUAAAAAAGAAGAAGAAAUUAAGGACUGAGGCAGUAAAUCGUGAUAAAGAGACCAAAGAUGAGGAUGUGGAGCACUCCAUAAGUACAGAAGAACCCCCAAGAAAAAAGAAAAAGAGAGAAAAGACAAAGGAAGGGAACAAAGCCAAGGAGUUGGAGACACAAAGAAAUGAAAAAAGUGAAGAAUCACCAACUAGGAAGAAGAAAAAGAAAAAUAAGCUGAAAGCGUCAAAGGAGAAUAUCGCAGGAAAGAGAAAAGAGACAGAGGAAGUAAAUUCAGCUGUGGAAUCAGAGACACGAAGCAACGAAGUACUGGCAAAGGAAAAGAAAAAGAAGAAUCAUAAAUCCAAAGACAAGGACAGUGGCAAUUUGGCAAAACAGAGCAAGAAUGUGCAGCCAAACAUCAUUAGUCCUGAUGUUAAAGAAGAGGAGACGGGAAUCCAAAUAAAAGAGUCCACGGGGAUCGAUGCAAGUCUUUUGAUGCAGCUGAAAGAAUUUAUUCCUGAUAUAGAGUCAAAGGAGCCGGUGAGCAUCAGUAAAAUGAUCAAAUACGACUUGCCAAGAUUUAAGGAAUUCAAACAGCAAGGCAUCUCUGUGAAUCACGGACGUUUCACUGCACAAGAAAACGAGAGGCUGAGGAAGAACGUCAGAGACUUCAUGGCUCUCACUGCAAUAGACAGCGCCACCAAACUGUUCUUCACACAUCGCUUUAAGCAGGAUCAAGAGAACAUAAAGAAGCUCAAAGUUACGUACAAAUUCUUUGAAAGGAUAGCGGAAGGAAUUCCCAGAUCCUGUUAUUAUGUUUAUGCUCGUGGAAGAAGAAUGUUCGAUGAGCAAAACUACCAGGGAGAGUUUACGAAAGCAGAACUGCACACUUUGAACAAGUUGCACAAUUUACAUGGUAAUAAUUGGAAGAAGAUUUCAGAGUUGACCGGUCGAAGUGCCUUAUCGCUCCAGAAACGUUACACACAGCUUGCUAAUAAGGAAGGCCCCUGGUCCAAGAAGGAGGUACAGAGACUUUUGAGAGCUGUACGAGAUCAUAUAGUGAGCCAGAUCCCAGGUGGAGCCAGCAGUAGCGGGUCCAUAAGAGUGAUGAAGGAAACGUUGUAUAAAAGGCUCCCCUUGCAGAAGAUCGCUAUGAAGGUGAAAACUCGCUCGUGGUCUCAGUGCAGGGAGAAAUGGAUGGGAAUUUUGGCAGUGAAAAUGUCCUUUGGAGCCGUGUGCACAGAGAAGAAAUCUCUUGAUGUCCAAGUCAAACUCAUAAAAGGGAUGUAUGAAAUGGACGUAGAUGAUGCUGCCCAUGUCAACUGGGAGGACUUGACAGCACUGAUUGGGGAUGUACCUCCAGCAUACGUGCAAAGAAAAUGGCACAAACUGAAAGUGUGCCAUGUGCCUGAAUGGCAACGAAAGUGUUUUGCAGAUAUCGUUGACUUUCUGUAUGAGAACGUUUUACCACAGCUCGAGCAGAAGCUGAUGUCCUACCAGAACUUGGACGAGACUCAGCAUAAUGAAAACGAGGAGAGCUAUCUUCUCUCAGACAUAUUUCAGGACAUAAAUGAGGAUGAAGAUGUGGAUGAUGAUGAGGAGGAGGAGGAGGAGGAGGAGAACAAUGAAGGGAACAAGGAAAAAGAAACUCAGUAGUGGAGCUGUGUAUAAAGUAUUUUUAAAGACGAAAAGGAUGAUUGACUGAAAGCAUUGUUUUUAUUUAGUUAAAUUGAGGAGCUCAGUAUUUUUGUACUCAGUAAUAAGAUUCUAGAGAUUUCUUUAUGGAAGAAACUGAUGUGUUUACUGUUCACAUUUGAAUGUAUUUGUUUAUUCCAGGUGGAACUGGUCUUUAUGGGUAUCUAUCUAUUUUGGUAAAGAUUAUUUUAAAUGUGGAAUUUGUGUGGACCAAAAGUAAUCAUUUAAAUAUGUUGUUGCAUCUCAUUCUUUUGGAAACACUAUCCCAACAGGCUUUCUAAUGAAAUCAGUCUGAAGAGUAAUCAUUUGGCACAGCACUGACUAUAAUACAGAGUAUUAAAUAUCCUUACUCCCAAAUACAAA